UCCCGUACAAUAAUCCAACUAUAUCUCUCUGUCUUUUCCUCCAUCUCUCUCUCCCUCUCUGAAACUUGAUCUCCCCCUAGUCCCUGUGAGGGAAGCCGAUACGUAUCAGAGGCUUAUUUUUGUUUGAAUCAAUCAGUGUGUCCAUUUAGAAGUGCAACGAUAAUGGAUGUUAAACCAGUAAGAGUUUCAGACACGAACAGAAAGAGUCAUGAAGAAGAUGAAGAUGCUAUGAUGAUGGACCUGCGAAGAGGGCCAUGGACGGUUGAGGAAGACCUUGCUCUCAUGAAUUACAUUGCUAACCACGGCGAAGGUCGCUGGAACUCCCUUGCUCGCUGCGCAGGUCUGAAAAGAACCGGUAAAAGCUGCAGAUUGAGGUGGCUCAACUAUCUCCGGCCAGAUGUGCGACGUGGAAACAUCACUCUCGAAGAACAGCUUCUCAUUCUUGAGCUUCAUUCUCGCUGGGGAAACCGAUGGUCCAAAAUCGCACAGCGCUUGCCCGGAAGGACUGAUAAUGAAAUAAAAAACUACUGGAGGACUCGCGUGCAAAAGCACGCCAAGCAGCUCAAGUGUGACGUCAACAGCAAGCAGUUCAAGGACACCAUGCGCUACCUCUGGAUGCCGAGAUUGGUUGAGAGAAUCCAAGCUGCCGCUUCCUCAGUCACAGCCACCACCGGAGGAUCAUCUUCCAUCACAACCGCCGCGGCCAACGCUUAUCAUUUUAAUAAUAACAGUAACGCCUUCCAACCCGCGGCGGGAACGGGACACAUGGGUUUACAACAGGCAACGGUCAUAGGCAAUAAUAACAAUGACUUGGCCGGGAGUUACACCACCCCGGAAAACUCCAGCACCGCUGCGUCAUCGGACUCGUUCGGGACUCAGGUUUCGCCGGUGUCGGAGCUGACCGACUAUUACAGUACCAUGUCGGUUAACAAUAAUGACCCUAAUGGCCAAGCUCUGGAUUACUUCCAAGCCACCAAUCCUCGUCACCAAGUCGGUUAUCAUGACUCGAUGACAAGUCCAUCAGGUUACUCAUUCAAUCAUAUAGGACUAAACGGCCAUAGCUUUCAAGCUGCUUCGGCGCCGGAGCAAAACAAUAACAGCCAGUGGGGCAUGGACGGUGGGGACUUUUCGGACAAUCUGUGGAACGUUGAGGAAUCCGACAUGUGGUUCUUACGGCAACAACUCGGCAACAAUUGAUAAACCAAUUCAAAAAAACGUGAAAAUACAAAAGGGGGUGAAAGUGAUACAUUCAUUGUAGAGAAAUUUACAGAGGUUAAAAGAGAUAUAGAGUAAACAUGAUAGAUCUAAUUGUGGAUUAAUAUCAGUUUGUAUUUUUCGGGUGAGAAAAUUUGUAAUUUGAGUUCUUAAGUGAUAAUUUUUUCUUCUUUUAUCAGUCUCAUUCUUUGAAAUAGACUUUGGCAGUAAUUACUAUUACAGACGUGUAACCUGUUUUUAACUGGGGUGUGUGAUUGCAUUAUAGAGGCAUAUUUGU